CAAAACACAAACAUGGCGGCAUCUGCUGCGGUUCGCUCCAGCAUGGGGCUGACUUUGAGACUUUCAGGAGUUAGACCAGACUAUAUGGCACGUCCCCUGUCCAGGCUAAAGACCCACAUGGCUUAUUUGCAAAGGAAAGACUCGGCGGGCAGUUUCCGAACCGCCAAUCGAUACUUACAGACGAGUAUAGGUUUGUACCACAACGAGGAGGCCAGCGCCGAUGAAGACAUCUCAGAAGAUGUGGUAAAUGUGGUGUACAUAGACCGGUCGGGCCAGAGGAUCCCAGUUAAAGCCAAAGUGGGAGACAAUGUUAUGUACUUGGCUCAAAAGUAUGAAAUUGAGCUUGAAGGUGCAUGUGAGGCAUCCCUGGCCUGUUCGACAUGCCAUGUGUAUAUAAACAGUGACCAUUUGGACACACUACCCGAACCUCACGAGAGGGAGGAUGACAUGCUGGACAUGGCGCCCAUGCUCCAGGAGAACUCCCGGCUGGGAUGUCAGAUCAUUCUCACUCCGGAGCAGGAGGGCAUGGAGAUAACUUUGCCCAAAGUCACUCGGAACUUCUACGUGGACGGCCAUGUCCCCAAACCUCACUGAGAGGACGCACUACAGGCGGGAUGGCUACGAACGAGACGCCGUGCACAAGGGAGAAAAAGCAGGGCUUGUGGGAAGUCCGUGGCAACUCGCCCUGAAGAAAUUGACUGACACAUUAACAGAGGUGGGGCAGUAGGACUCUCCCAGAACGAAACCAAACCAUUGGUGAUGUCUAAAACCUGCUUAUUUAUUUAUGUGGAAGCUUUUCAGGCAAGUACAGUGGCACAAAGUGUUCUUUGCUAAAAAAAAUAAAAAUAAAAACACUUAAACAGUCAAGGUUUGAGACAUUUUAGACAAAGUCCAUUUUGUUUACAAGGGAGUACAAGGACCACACUGAACAGGGAAAUAAAAUAUUACAAAACAGGGGGAAAAAGCGGUAAAGUUAUAGGAGAAUGAAGCAAUUUUGGAGAGUUUCAAGCCAAUAUACAGUAGAGCCCAAAUUUUUCCGCAUGUUAUGUUCCGAGACCCCAAAUAUGAAUUAUCAACGCACCCACAAAAAGUCAUAAAAAUAUAUCUUACACUUCUAAACCAAGGCUAUCCAACUGGCGUAGUUCAGUUCAAAACUUAGGAGACAAACAUUUUUGCAGCAAAUUUCUAAAAACACUCGAGUGCUCAUGUCACAUUGAGGAAUUUAGACCACGGUAACCACAGUGUUAGAUACUUACAUUGACAUUUUAACCUUGACAUAACUGAGGUGUUCCUCAAGGCACCCCUUUAGGUCCCCUCCAAUUUGGCAUUUUUUCGUAACUAAGGUGUUGCUAUAGCUCGUUUACGUCAAAUGCAGUCAGUAGUCAUUUGUUAACCUUCAGUUAUACUUGUGGUGUUCCUCAAGGUUCCAUUUUAGGUCCUCUCUUUUUCUUUAUUUGGGCUAUUCAGCUGGUGGCACACAAGUUCAAUUAAAAAAAACUUGUGGGAGACUCACAUUUUUGCAGCAGAUUCUUAAAAACACUGGAGUGCUGUCAUAGAGAUGAUCUUUGACUAGCUUUUUUGCAGAAGGUCCUUACAAACAGCAAAGCGCUCCUGUAACUCACAAAACAAAUACGCCAAAAUCAGAUGUCCACUGGUUCUCCGGAAUAUACAAAAUAGGACUAAUACUGAAGUCCUUAGCUUUCUGGAAAUGUGGCCCCCAUAACAUUUCAUCAGAUUACCAAGGAAAUUCACUAUCCUCGUUUUGAACUCUAAAAUAUGCCUCUCACGAGUAUUCAACACAUUUUAAAUUCAGUUUUACACAUUAAGAAACAGUUACAGGUAUUGUAGCGUACUGUACUGAUCUACCUACCGUAUUAUGGGACAAAAAGUGUUAUUUAAAUUUCAGAGAGCAAAUUUUAAAAUGUUUAGACAUUUAGAUUUUGAUGAAAGUGAACUUUACAAAGUGUAUUAUGUACUUGAUCAUGAUGUUAUUUUCUCAUACACAUAACAUAAAACAAUGUCCAAAAAGUUAAGAUCAUUUGUUAUAAUCAUGAAAUUAUUUUUAAGUAUCAAAACUGUUUUGCUUCUCAAACUUAUACUAGUUUUGCGAUAAUAUGGCCAUAUAGUCUUGGAAAAUUACCACUUUUUUCUUUAUUAUUACACAAUUUUUUUUGGGGGGGAGACAAUGACACAUAUUUUGUGUAAUAUUACAACUUCAUUCUAAUUGUAAUUCUAUCACUGUUCAAAAUUUUCAGCGUGGCCCUGUAAUACUCCUUUGUGUGCCAGAUGGAACAUUCCAGGUUACAGCUGACAAACGCACAACUACCGCCACAGCUAGCUCUUUGUCAUUUCACUUUGAUUACCUUUAUCAUGGCUAUUUACGUACACAUAUUAUGUAAUAUUAUGCCAUAUUGUGUAUUUGAAGGGUUUGUGGCUGAUCUUUAAUGGAGUCCAACUUCCGACUCGCUAUGAACAUUUCAAAACUUCCUACUGAAGGUUUAACAUCAAAGCAGUUUUCUGGAGUCGCCGCUAAUGAAGGUUUUGUUAUUAUAAUCUGGUUCCAACCAGCUUUAUGUUAGCAGUGCUGCAUCGAACCCAUCGAUUUGUUAAUUCUACUGUACUUGUUCAAAUUGUGCACACCUGUAAGUCACUUAUAUAUGUCAUAUUGUGUCCUUAAAAUCACAAGUAUUUAAAAUUGUGCAAUAAAGUACAUUUUAAAGCUGAUUUCAGUCCACAUUUUUGCAUACGGCAUACAUGAUGAACAUUUGAUUUUGCCAAACAGAGCUACAUUGUCCUUAUUAGUAGUAUAGCACACACAAAGUCAAGUGGUUGAUGCAAAAAACAUGCUUAGGGCAGGGGAAAUUUGGGGAUAUUUAUUUAAAAAAAAUAAAGUAAAAUUACUUUCUUACUGCAUCCAACCUUGGCAGCUCUGCAGUUUAAGAGUUCUGCCCCAAAUGAUACUUUUCAUCGGGAGCUUUUUUAAAUUGUUUUAAUUUUUAUUGUUUUGCUCAUGUUUAUAAAAUACGGAUUUUAGGCAAACAAAAAUAUUUGUGUCAAUACCUUUAUUUGUGAACAGUAUUUAUUAUUUAAUUAUUGUUGUGUAACAGAUUGAGCACAGUAAAUGAAUAAACAAAUGCGUUACAGAUUACAAUGGAAUGGAAAAGAGGUCGGAUUGAAUAACUCUGCUUCUUCCUACUCCUUUUCGGACAUGUUGCAAUGAGAGACUGGAAUAUAGAAUAUACCAUAUUUGUAACUAUAUGCAUGUUCGAAACAAACAAGAUAGUACAGUGAUUCUCAAACUGUGGUACACCAAAAAAAUCACUUGGAAAAAGUACAGCGUUUUUACUUCAUUCAAACACUGUGUCACUGUUCAAACUGUGUGUAUUGUUGCAGUGAUCAAAACUAUUAAAUAUACUUGUUAAAUAAAACCCCUGCCUUGUUUUAAUGAUUACUUAGGUAUACUAUGUUACUGUAUUUUAAUGUUGGUCAUUAUGGUGGUACUUAGCCAAGUUUUUUCUGAGGUGGUACUUGGUGGAAAAAGUUUGAGAACCAUUGUGAUAGAUAGAUGGAUAGAUACAGUAGAUAUCAUUUAAGUCCCAACCUAAAACUCAUUUGUAUACACUAGCCUUUAAAUAGACUCCCCUUGUAGACCAGUUGAUCUGCCGUCUCUUUUCUACUCUGCCCCCCUCUCCUGCGUGGAGAGGUUAUUAGGUGACCACAGAUGAUCCCGCUAGCUGUUCAAAGCUGGGACCCGGGGUGGACCACUCAUCUGUGCAUCAGCUGGGGACGUCUCUGUGCUGCUGACUUGUCUCCACUCAAGAUGAUCUCUGCUGGCCCCACUAUGGACUGGACUCUCACACUAUUAACCAGAUCCACUCGACCCCCCCUACAAGGUUUCUCAUUGUAUCCCAUUGGGUUGAGUUAUCUCUUGUCCUGAUGUGGGAUCUGAGCCGAGGAUGUCGUCGUGGCUUGUGCAGCCCUUUGAGACACUCGUGAUUUAGGGCUAUACAAAUACACUUUGAUUGAUUGAUUGACUGAGAUAGAUCGAUACAUGUUUCAUCUCCAAAGACCAAGUCACAUUUCCAGCAGCUUGUAAGGGUAGAAACACACAAGGGCAUGCAAGGUUUAAAUGAAAUAAAAUAAAAUAAAAGUCACCAAUAUUUUAUGCAACAAUAUAAUGUUAACUUACCGACAAAAUGAUGGACUCUAGAAAGAGGUUCCGCAGCCUCCGUAACGGAACUUCCAGGUUUUGUAACAGCUUCUUCCCUCAGGCCAUCAGACUCUUCAAAAUCCAUCCAUUCAUUUUCUACCACUUGUCCCUUUCGGGGUCGCGGGGGAUCCUGGAGCCUAUCUCAGCUGCAUUCGGGCAGAAGGGGGGGGUACACCCUGGACAAGUCGCCACCUCAUCACAGGGCCAACACAGAUAGACAGACAACAUUCACACUCACAUUCACACACUAGGGCCCAUUUAGUGUUGCCAAUCAACCUAUCCCCAGGUGCAUGUUUUUUGGAGGUGGGAGGAAGCCGGAGUACCCGGAGGGAACCCACACAGUCACGGGGAGGACAUGCUAACUCCACACAGAAAGAUCCCGAGCCCGGGUUUGAACUCAUGACCUUCAUAUUGUGAGGCACACGCACUAACCCCUGUUCCACCGUGCUGCCCCACACAUGAAAAUAAUUCCCUCAACCCCCCCACCACCCAAAAAAACGUAUUAACUCGCUGGAAUAUAAAGACAAUAUAACAUACAUCCAUAAACAUGGAUGCAUAUGAAAAAGU